CCGCCAUUUUCUAUACACUCAAAUCCAACAAGGGGGAUAUAACGAUUCUCUAACGGAGGGUGUAGGGGUCCCCUAAACAUGUAUCCCUUAGGUCAACUACUUAUUAUAUACAGAGAAUAAGGAUAAUUUUGUACUGCUCGUAACUUCCAGUAAAAAGAACCUCAUGUAUUGAGUUUUCUCAAAGAAUUUAAUUUCUGGACCCGUUAAACCUGACGUUCUUUACGCACCUGGGCCAGUGGGGCCACCUGCACGAGCCACACAACCUUUGACACCAUCAUCUACUCAUCCACCUGCAGGAGCUCCAAGUAUGCAGCAGCCCCCGGGUGGAUCGCAGCAACCUCCUGACCUUCCCCAGUUUGUCUGCCCCCGCAGGCCAAAUCUGGGCACAGAAGGUCGGCCAAUCUUAUUGCGAGCUAAUCAUUUCGAGAUUCGGAUGCCAAGAGGAUAUUUACACCACUAUGAUGUCACAAUUACACCAGACAAAUGUCCUCGAAAAGUCAACAGAGAAAUCAUUGAAACAAUGGUACAGUCAUAUUCAAAAAUAUUUUCAAAUAUUAAACCAGUAUUUGAUGGUAGAAAAAAUAUGUACACAAGAGAUGACAUUCCCAUUGGACAGGAUAAGAUGGAAUUUGAAGUAACCUUACCUGGCGAAGGCAAAGAUAGAGUAUUUAGGGUUGCUAUAAAAUGGUUAGCAAAAGUGAGCUUAUUUGCAUUAGAAGAAGCACUUGAAGGCAGAACACGGACAAUUCCAUUAGAUGUUAUACAAGCCCUUGAUGUUGUAAUGAGGCAUCUUCCAAGCAUGACGUUUACUCCUGUUGGGAGAUCAUUUUUCUCAUCACCAGAUGGCUAUAAUCAUCCAUUAGGAGGAGGACGAGAAGUUUGGUUUGGUUUUCAUCAAAGUGUGAGACCUAGUCAAUGGAAAAUGAUGCUAAACAUUGAUGUGUCUGCUACAGCUUUUUACAAAGCACAACCUGUCACUGAUUUCCUGUGUGAAGUAUUAGAUAUCAGAGACAUAAGUGAGCAAAAGAAACCUCUAACAGAUUCGCAACGAGUCAAGUUCACCAAAGAAAUCAAGGGACUUAAAAUAGAAAUUACCCACUGUGGUGCUAUGAGGAGAAAAUACAGAGUAUGCAAUGUUACACGCAGGCCUGCUCAGCUUCAAUCGUUUCCUCUUCAACUUGAAAAUGGACAGACUGUGGAGUGUACUGUUGCAAAAUACUUCUUGGAUAAAUACAAGAUGAAGCUACGGUAUCCUCAUUUCCCAUGCUUACAAGUUGGACAAGAACACAAGCAUACAUAUCUUCCUUUAGAGGUAUGUAACAUCGUUGCUGGUCAGAGGUGCAUCAAGAAAUUAACUGACAUGCAAACAUCAACAAUGAUAAAGGCAACUGCACGCUCUGCGCCAGAUAGAGAAAGGGAGAUCAAUAAUCUUGUUAGUAAUACUGGUCAAAGUUCUGGUUCUAAUACAGUAAGAAGAGCAAAUUUUAACGAUGAUCCUUAUGUUCAUGAAUUUGGCUUAUCCAUCAGUAAUACUAUGAUGGAAGUAAGAGGCAGAAUACUUCCUCCUCCUAAGCUUCAAUAUGGAGGCAGGACUAAACAACAGGCCAUACCAAAUCAAGGUGUAUGGGACAUGCGUGGCAAACAGUUUCAUACUGGUGUAGAAAUCAGAGUGUGGGCCAUUGCAUGUUUUGCACCACAACGCACAUGCAGGGAGGAUGCUUUAAGAAAUUUUACUCAGCAAUUGCAAAAAAUUAGCAAUGAUGCUGGCAUGCCCAUUAUUGGACAACCUUGCUUUUGCAAAUAUGCUACUGGUGCAGAGCAAGUGGAGCCCAUGUUUCGCUACCUCAAAUCAACAUUCCAAGGCUUGCAACUAGUCGUUGUAGUUCUUCCGGGAAAGACACCUGUAUAUGCUGAAGUUAAGAGAGUUGGCGAUACUGUCCUUGGAAUGGCUACCCAGUGUGUUCAGUCAAAGAAUGUUAAUAAGACUUCCCCACAAACUCUCUCCAAUUUAUGUUUAAAAAUUAAUGUCAAAUUAGGAGGUAUAAAUAGCAUACUUGUUCCUAAUAUUAGACCCAAAGUGUUCAAUGAACCUGUGAUAUUCCUUGGUGCAGAUGUGACUCAUCCCCCUGCUGGAGAUAAUAAGAAACCUUCUAUAGCAGCGGUUGUUGGCAGUAUGGAUGGUCAUCCUAGUAGAUAUGCAGCUACUGUUAGAGUGCAGCAACACCGACAAGAAAUUAUACAAGAUUUGGCAUCAAUGGUUAAAGAAUUACUCAUACAGUUUUACAAAUCAACACGAUUUAAACCUAACAGAAUAAUAUUUUACCGAGAUGGUGUAUCUGAAGGGCAGUUUCAUCAGGUGCUUACCCAUGAGCUUUUGGCAGUUCGGGAAGCUUGCAUGAAGUUGGAGGCCGAUUAUAAACCAGGAAUAACUUUUAUUGUUGUUCAGAAACGUCAUCAUACUAGAUUGUUUUGUUCUGAUAAAAAGGAACAAAUUGGUAAAAGUGGAAACAUACCAGCUGGCACAACAGUCGAUGUGGGUAUCACUCAUCCAACUGAAUUUGAUUUUUACCUUUGCAGUCAUGCUGGUAUACAGGGCACGAGUCGUCCCUCUCAUUAUCAUGUACUGUGGGAUGAUAAUCAGUUCUCUGCAGAUGAGCUUCAAUGUUUAACUUACCAACUUUGUCAUACAUACGUCCGUUGUACCAGAUCAGUGUCCAUUCCAGCUCCUGCUUAUUAUGCUCAUUUGGUAGCAUUUCGAGCUCGGUAUCAUUUGGUUGAGAAAGAUCAUGAAAGGCAAGAUUUGGGUGGUGGAAGCCAAAGUCUGAAUGGAGACGGCAGUUUACAAUCUACCAAUGGAGAAGACCGCAAUCCCCUUGCAAUGGCUAGAGCAGUCACUGUGCACAAUGACACCAAUAAAGUGAUGUAUUUUGCAUAACACAAUUUUCUUGUGAACAAAUCUUUCAAAAAGUACAAGAGUUAGGGCUCAAAUUCAUUUGAAGAUUGAAAAUUUUCUCUUGAUGUUUUUGAUCUUUACAUCUGCUGUGUCCAUAAAACCAAAAAAAAAAAAGGUACACAUGGAAUCACACUUAUUGCUCUCUUAAGUUAUUGUUUUAAUGAUGUGGUUCAAGUUUUCUUCGUGUACAAGCUAUACCAUUGAGCUGCUGUUGGUGCCAUGGGACUGUCGAAAGAGGAACUUUCGGGAAAAGGACUUCUCUUUUUUUUUUUCUUCUGUUCUCUACUGCCAUAUAUCUGGUCAUUCUUUAAGUUUACAUUUUUAAACUUCAAAUCAAGACGUGCUUAAGUUUUACAGUGAAGAGCUGUUGUACAGAUUAAAUUUCAUUUGUAGCAUCAAUAUUUCAUUUCAAGUUUUCACUUGGUUGUGACAAUUUUGAUCUUCAUGCUAGACAAAUUCUUGGUCUUCAAUAAAUAUUGAAUUUUAGUCAUAAUAAUUGUUGGUCAUCAUUAUACAAAUUGGACAUUGAUAUUGUUUGAAAUGUCUGUAAAGGAUGCGAGCUAAGUAUAUACUGUUGCAUUUAAUGUAGCAGUAUUGUAGAAAGGAUGCUACUUUGUUUUCUUUGAUCAAUAUUGACUGUGUUCAUAAGUUUUGAAAAACAGCAAUAAUAUGAAAUUUUAUUUAUACCUAAUUUUCUCUCCCCCCCUCUUUCAAUCUAUUGCUGUUUAAAUUUUGUGAAUUUUUAUUUAAAAAUGAUUAUUUAAUUAUUAAAGAAAAAUACUUUAAUUGAGUAUUUUUAAUGUAAUUAUUCUAAAUUAAUAUUGUUUGUAACAUUUUGAAUUAAUAUUUGUUUGGAUAUCAUUGUUGCAUGUUAAAUUACCUAUUAUGUUUUUAUGAACAUCUUAUAUAUGAUGCAAUAUGAUUGCCGUCCAGAAAUGGUUUGGACCAAUAAAUGUGCGCCAAAUUUGUCAACAUCUUGUUAACUUUCAUCCUUUCUACAAAUUCUGCUUUAGAAAAUUCUUGGAAUUUAAAAGGAUUUUUUUAUUAAUGUGGACACAUUUCAUUUUAAGUUGGCAUUUUAGGUACAUAAAAUGGAUUUUCAUAUCUUGAUAAUAAUUUAAACUCAAAAUUUAAAUUUGUCAUUUAAUGAAUAUUUUGAUUGUUUCUAUUGUGAUCUUUUAGUAAUAAUCUUUGAUUAAAAUUUUUCUUUAGGAUUAUUUUUAUUGAUUUUUCCGAGAAGUAUAUUUUUAUAAAAUGAUUUUGUUUACUUUGAUUUUUUUUAAUGUCUCAGAAAUCAGCAAACUUUACAUUUUAAAGCUAUUUAAAAAAAAAUGAUCAUUUAUGUUUGAGGUUGUUGCUUUUUUUAAGUUUUACAAAUAGUGAUAGCGAAGUUAUUUUUUAAUUCAUUUAGCAUUUAAGUAUUUGUACAUUUUUUUUCCUUAAAAAAUAAUGAUGAGAAUGAAAAACUUUUUUAUGUUCAUCUGCAAUGCCUUAUAAUUUUAUAUUUAAUGCAAAACAAACUAAAAUAUAUUUGAAUUCUGCAGAACAGACUAUAAUUAUGUUACUGCUUUGAUUUUAUUGUAACUGUUUUUGUUUGUGAAAAAAAAAUUGGUCAAGGUAUGGGAUAUCUUAUGUUAUUUCUGUGUAGAUAAGUAACUUUUUGAUUUAUUCUCAAAUUUUUCAUUAAAUAUUUUACUAUCAAUUUUUAAAGGGUUAAUAUAUUUAAUUAUAUUGGUAAAUUAGUAUGUAUGCAUUUUUUUUAAAUGUCUCAUUCGUCAACAAAUGAUGAGAGAAGAAACAAGUUGUCUUUCAGUAUUGCCUUGGUUUCAUAAAUAUGUACGAUUCUCAACACAUGUGUAUAUAGUGCAUAUUUAAUCACGGCAUAAAUGUAAUCAUGCACGAGAAGUUUAAUCAUUGCUUAAAAUAUAGCUUAUAGGACCCGGUAGCUGUACGAGCCAAAUGGUGUUGCAUGUAUUCCUACCAUUCCUUUUUAUUUUUAUGGUAUUUAACUAAAUAUCCAGCUCUUAUUUAUUAGGCAAAUAACUGUCUUGAAUGUUUUAUUUUUGAUGUCCAAGGAAGAAUAGAGGCUUUUUAAAAAAAGCUUUCUAAUAUCUUCCUGCAAAUUUAUUGGAAAAGAUUAAUGUGCAGUUUUUUGUGGAGCAUUUAGUGAUUUUAUAAGGGAUGCUCCUAAUAAUCCCAAGUGCCACUUUUUAACCAAAGAUUGAGUUUCACCUUAUGAAUGUAUGCUAGUUCAAGAAGGAAAAUAUCUAAAUCUAGAAUGAGCUUUAUAACCGUACCUUGUAAGAAUGAACCCCGGUUGAUUUUGUGUUUAGAUUAUUUAUUUUCCUUAUUUUGCAUAAAAUGAUUCAUAUCAUUUAAAUUACAUAAAUUGAUGUCAGUUUUCAGGUUAUGCAUUCCAUUUAAUACUUAUGCGAUGGCACCUUUUCUGUUGAGCAUGCUCAAUUUAAAUUAUUUUACAUUGUGCUUUUUGUUAGAAAUUCACAUUAGAAAAUCCAAAUGUGAAUGUGAUUUUUCUUAAACUAGUUUUCAGAAAUGAUCCAUUAAGCAUUUCCUUGUGCAGUUUUAAAUUUUGAAAUCUUUUGAUUUCUGUAUUUGAAGUGCACAGGUUGGUACUAUUUUGGGUUUUAAAAUCAUAAAUUGUUAAUUUUUUACAAAUACCAAAGAAGGAUUUAGGAUUUCUGCAUCAUUUUAAACUUACUUAAUUAUUUUAGAAAGAAAUUGCAAGAUAAACUUAUCUCCCUUUUUCUGAUGUUUGUAUUUGUGCUUAAUUUGUGGGGUAGGAAGAUGAAGUAUGAUAUAAUUCAUACAUGUAUGAUAGUGUACAUUUUACUAAGUCGUAUGUGAAUAAUUAUAUAUAAAUUUUAUGAUCAGUUUUGAUGAUUAAUGUUGAAAAGAAAUCAUAUUUUUGUCAAGUAAAGCAAAAUUUCAAUUUUUAUAAAUUACAGUAUUAAAAAAAAUUAAACAUUAUGCUAAAAAUAUUUUUAUUAAUAAGAAAUUAAAUCUUUUUUAAAAUUCAUUCUUUUUCUUUAAAAUUUAUAAAUUGGCAACGAAAUUUUGAAUAAUAUUGUUUUAGUAGGUAACUUGUUAAAUGUAUAAAAUACAUUGAUUCUUUUGAAAUUAUAAUUGUUAUUUUCUUUUAAAAACUGGGAAAUAUGUUACUCAGAAAGGUAUGUAGUAUUUAAAAUCUACUGCCUUUUUUAGUAGCAAAUAUUAAAAAUGAAAAAAGUUUGAUUCAAACAUUGAAAAUGUUUUCAUAAAUUUUGUCUGCUUAUCAGAUUAGCACUGUAUCGUGUGAUAAAAAAAUGAGGGAAGUGUCGCAAACAUAUGAACUCUACCUUUUAGAAUGAGAAUAUUUCAGGUCUCAGUAUUGCUUGAGAACCAUACCCUUGACGUGUUCAUUUAUGUUCUACUUGUAUUGAACGUGCAAAUAUAUUUUUUGAAAUAUAUUUAUCUUAUUAACAUAAAAUCAGUCUUAAGUAAUGCUUUAGUCUUUCACUAGAUUUCUUCUGUAAAUUAAGUUUGUAAAAAGGAUUCAUCUGUUAGGUAGUGAUCUUUAAUUUUUUAUAUCAUAUUCUGUGAAUAAAUGCAAAAUCUUAGAUAUUGUACGAUCUGUUAGCCUGCAUAUUUCAAUUUUCCCCUCUAUUCACAUUGCUUUCUUGUAAUUGUUGCAUGGUUUUGAAAAUUGUUGUAGCUUUUUAGUUUUGCAUGUAAAAUAUACAAAAUUGUUUAAUCCUGGAAUGAAUGAAUCAGUUAAGAUGUAAAAUAGUAUGCAUUUAUUUUAAUGCAUAUUUUUUAUAUUAAAAUUGAUUUCAGUCAUUAUGUACACUGCAAUUUUUUUUACAAUAUAUGCUUUUUUAUUUUCUGCAUGUAAUUUUAUUUGCCAAAUAAUGAUUUCUUAUGUGUUAGUAUGGCUUUGGAGAAUCAAAUUAAAGGUGUGCUUUUUGUGACUGUUGUAUAAUUUGUGUUCUUGUGUAGUAACAGUCAAAGUUUAGUUAAAGUAUAUAUGUGAUUAUUGGGAAGAUUCAUUAUUUAGUAUUUAUGCUAUUUUUUGUAUUAAGUGAGCACAUUGCUUUGAAUUUUCUCUUUUUGUUCAAUUUGUAGAUAAAUUUAAACAUUUUUUUAAGUGCAUUUCAUGAAAAAAAUUAACUUAUUAUAUUUGUCCUAUUUUUAAUAUAAAUAACGUAGACACUCAUAAAUACAUUUCUAGAUUAGAUUUCAUUUUAGUUUUUAUUUAUUUUAUUUUUUCUGUUCACUCAUAAUAAUUUUAAUAUAUUAUGCACAUCUUAAUUACAAUUUUAGCUAUGUGCACAAAUGUAUUUGUAGAAAUUAGGUAUGUUAAUUUUCUCACUUUCACAUUAACUAAACAAGUUUUCCGCAUACAUAUUUUUAUUGUUACAUCUAAUUCUGUCACAUUCUUUUUUUGUAUGUAUGAUCUUUAUUUUAUCCAGAUAGUUUAGAUCUUUCAUAUAAUUGUAUUUAUUACCGAAUUGAGUUUCAUCCUGUAGAAGCGUUGAAAGUGAUAAAUUUUCAAUGAAAUAGAUUUAAAAUUUUAAGUUGAAAAGGUGACUUCUUAAUUACUUGUAAAUAUUCUAUGAAUACUUAUUGUAUACUUGUAAGAUAACAUAUUUACUUAAUUUUAAUUAAAGCAUUGCAUUUUUAUUUAAUCCUUUCCUUCCAAUUGUUAUUUGAAAUUAGUUAGACUUAUAUUUAUAUGACGUAUGUUUAAUGGAUUACAUUAGUAUAUAAAGUACAUUUUUUUGUAUCAAAAUUAUUUAUAUGCAUUCUUAUAAAAAUAUUCAGAUUAUGUGCAUGAAGGGACUGUUUUUUAUGUUGAAUUGGAAAUUUCACGUAAUAUUAUUUUUCUGUAUGAAGGAUAUUUUAUCUAUUUCAAACACAAGUGAUAUAUUCACAUUAAUAUUAUUGGUGAUCAAAUUAUUAUUUUUUUCAUUUUAAUGGAUGGUUUAAAAAAUCAUAUUUUUAAAAAUAUAUAUAUUUAUCUAGCAAAAUUAUCUUUGUUCAUCUGAGGAAAGCACUAAUUUUUAAUAUUUGUUGGGUUCAGUGCAUACAAUUUUUACCCCCUCAUGGUUCUUUGUUUAGAUACUUAUGAUCUACAAAAAUGCAGAUAACAAUAAACUCCCAAUUAUCCAUGCAACUGGUUGGUACAUAGCAAUUGUAGAUAAACAAGUUCUGCUGAUAAUUUUUUACGCAACAAUUCUACACAAUAUUCUUGAACAAUUUUUCUUUUCAACUUGGGGCUCAUACAUAGAAAUGUGAUUUAAUAAAAAAUAAUUUUAAAAAAAUUGGUUUUUGUAUUUAUGUGUUAAAAUACCUCUGUUUUAAUUUGGAAUUGAAUUUUUUUAAUAAAAUUUUUAUAAUGGAUUUUUUUGGGAAGUUUAUGGGCAAUUGAGAGUUUACUGUUAUUGAUUUCUUCUUUGCGUUUCAAUAUCCAUUUAGUUGGGGCAUUAUUGUGAAGAUAUUUGUAAAAUUGUAUUUCCAUUUGAUGUAUUUUAUAUCAUUUAACAUUUUGGACAACAUGUUACUUCAUGUAAUAUAUGGUUUGCUUGACAUGUCCUUUUUCAUAAAUUUAUAUUCUUUCUUAGUUUAUGAAAUUGCUUUCUGAAAUAUGUUGGAGGAAUAUAAAAACAUAGUCUUGUGAAAGACUUCCUUUUUUUAUAUUUUUCAGUGCUAACCAAUGAAUGAUAAUUGAGAAAAUUUUGUUGUCUCUUGAAAGGAUAAUUAAUUCGCCUUAAAAUUUAGAUCCACAUGAAGUUAAUUUUUUCAGAACAAUAUGUAAUAAUACUGUUUUAUUUGAAAUUUGUUAAAGUUUUAAGCAAUGGAUUUUUAAUUCCUUCCAUAAUUAAUUUUUGCAGAUAUGUUCUCAAUUUUAUGAUUAUAAUUUUUUGCUUAUAUUUGGUACCAUUUUUUACAUUUUUUGGAAUCAGAAUCUAAAAAAUUGUGUACAAGAUGGAUAAUUUCUUUGGGAGACAGGGAGGGAAUAAAAGUUCUCAAAUGCAUUUGAUGGAAAAGAUGGAUUGUUUCUGAAAGAUGUGCAAACCUCUUUUCCCUGUACUUUAUGUAAAUAUUAGCAUAUGGGCAUUGUUGUUGCAUAGGGUUAUAUAUAUUGUGAAAGGUUUGGUAUUUGGAAAAGAAUUGCUGAAGCAGGAGAUAAAUGCACACCUAUCAGCAUUUUGUUAUAGUAUAUAGUGUAAAUUACAAGACUAAGAUUUCUAGUUUCAUUUUACUUAAGAUUUAUUAACAUUUUAGAUUUAUAUAUUUCAAUUCAGCUUACUAAAUACUUGCUAAAUUCAAUAUUCAGACCCUUUAUUUUUAUUGUGGAAUAAAUAUAUAUAUGUAUAUUACAUGAAAGCAGACUUAAAUGUUUGUUCAAACAUAAACUGCAUAAAAUUAUUAUUGUAUUGAAUAGUAUAAAUAUUGUUUCUGAUAUAAAUUAAUCUUUCCAGUAUAUCUAAAGUAUGUUUUUAAUUUUCAUAAUAGUCAAAAUAUAAAAAUGUGUUAAUUUUUAAGUGCUAGAAAUAUUUCUAGAUACAUUUCCAAAGGAAAUUCAUUGAGUCUUUGUUUCAUUCUAAUUUUUUUGUAGCAUUCUUUUAUUAAAAAAAAGGAAAGCCUUAGAACAAAACUCACUUUAAUAUGCAUAUUUUCAGUUCACAAAUAUAUUUGAAUGGCUUUUAGUAGUAGCAUUGUGUGAUAAUUGAUGUUAUUUAAAAUUUUGACCAAGUUCCGUAUUAUUCUCAUAUUGAUUCUUUGCUCAUGCAAUUUUUCUAAGUAGUUAUUAAGAAAUUCUUCCGAGACAGCUCGAAACUCAGUUUAAUCAUUCAUAUAUAAAUAUUUCCAUUUAAAAACAUCAGCAACAUUUCCUAAAGAACAGCUGUGGUUAACUACUUAGUCUAAUGUUUAACAAAGUGCUUGCUACAGACUUUCAAAAUCGUAUAUUAAAUCAAAAAUUUAAGAUAAAAAGUUCAUUAAAUUUUAACUUAUGAAAAUAUUUCCUUCUUUUCAAAUGAAAUUCCGUAGCUAUUUAGGUGCCAAAACAUCAUCUGGAAUUUGAAAGAAAUUUCUGUGCCAAGUAAUUCUGAAAUGCAUUAUCUUGCUGAAAAUUUUUGAUCAUUUCAACAUUGCUGUUUUACUUAUUUGAUAUUUUCAAGUCCUGUUUAUGUUUGGAUACAAUGAGUUUUCUGUGUUAAUGUGAUCUAAUCUUUAGAACAUAUCAAGGGUUAUUAUUGUAAUCAAGUUUCCAGUGGCGGUAUCAAAAAAUCGAAAUAUGAACUAUGCAAAGUUUUUUAAUUGAAAGUGCUAUUCCAGCCAUUUGUUGAAAUGCAUUUAUGUGUGAAUAAAUGUUGAAUGUCAUUCUCUAGAA